AUGCCUCAAAAACCUGUCAAGAGAGGUUUAAAAGCGUGGAUGAUGUGUACUUCCUCUCUUGGCUCUCUUUUAAACUUCGAGGUUUAUUGUGGAAAGCAUGAUUGUAUUAAGAGAAGUGGUCAAGGAAUGGGUUAUGAUGUAGUGACUCAGCUCAGCAGCAUUUUAACGCCUGGAAAAAACUAUCAUAUUUAUUUUGAUAGGUAUUUCACGUGUAUCCCUCUGAUGAUGGACCUCAUAAAAAAAAAUUGGCUCUUGUGGAACUUCGAAUACUUGCCGAAAGAGUUGAAAAGCUGUAAGCUUGAAGAUGCUGGACAGUCUAAAGUAUUCCAGCCCGUUGAAUUUCCUAAUCUUUUGUGUACGGUCUGGAAAGAUAAAAAGAAAAUUUUUAUGUUGUCCACAACUAAAUCCGCGACUACCACAACUGUAAAUAGAAGAAUUGGUGGUACCGUCAGCUCACGCGAUUGUCCCACAGUGUUUUCAGAUUACAACAAGUUUAUGGGUGCUGUUGAUCUAGCAGAACAAAAGCGAAAAUACUAUGAAUCUGCGCGGAAAUCAAGAAAGUUGUUGUUAUAUGUGUUUUGGUUUUUGUUGGACACUGCUAUCUACAAUUCUUUAAAUAUUUAUUCGCUUUCACAGCCACCAACUAAUAAGGAACAUAAAAUAUUGUUGGACUUUAAAGUAAGUCUCAUCGAGGAAUUGUCCAAAGGAAUUCUAUUUCCCAUAGUCUGA